AUGGAUGCUGGCUCCCCUACGGGAUGGGAAGAGUCGAACCUUCGGGAUGUGUACCUCGAGAACCACCAUGCGCGGUGCUACUAUUGCCUGUCCGACUUUGAGAAGCCCCGACGGCGACCUGCAGGCACGGGUCGCACGACGGAGAAGCAGUCAGUAUCGCCGUCAGAACCACUGAGGGAGCUGCCAUGCGGGCAUGUGUUCCACCGGACAUGCAUUGAUGAGUGGCUCCUCAAGGACCAACGAUGUGCCGUCUGUCGCCAAGACAUUUUCGAUAUGCCUCUGCGGGAGGACGUGCACCCCCGUCCUCCACGCCUUCUUCCCCGUCCCCAGCGACCGCGCUCGAUCUCGCUGCCAUCAGCCCCCCCGACGAUCCUCAUGCUCACCAACCCUGCGCCCCCGUCGUUGAAGCCGAAGAAGAGCAGACUUGGUUUCCUCGGCAAACUGCUGCACUCAUCGACCGAGCGGAAGCACCGCGCACGGGACAUCAGCGAGCCAUUCAACUUCGUACACCUGACGCACAUCGACUUUGACCAGGGCGCGGGCACGUUCGUUGGUAUGCCAAAGGAGGUAGAGGAUGUGCUGCAUGGCAUGACCCUCAACGGGCAAUGCUGA